AUCAGAUUCUCGGAAUCUUCAGAUAUGAAAUACGGUCAGAGGAGAAUAGGAAAGUUGACGAGAGUCGCGACUCUAGCUGACGCCAGAAUCAAAGUGCGCGGAAAGAAGAGCCGGAGCAAGCAAUUCGACACGAUUUUGCAAGCUUUACGUUACUUUUGCACCCAUACGACUCUUCACGGUCUUCGGUACGUCGUCGAUCCCAAUCUACAUCCAAUCGAGCGGUUUUUGUGGCUCGUACUGUUCAUCGUAUCCUCUGUGGUUGCCAGCAAUGUCAUUUAUUCGCUGGCACUUCGAUUCCAGGCCGCGCCAACAGCGAUCAACAUCGAAUCGAUGCACUACGAGAAUUUCAAUCUGCCCUUCCCAAGUGUGACCCUAUGUCCGAACGAUCGUGUAGAUUGGAACCGGGCUCUCGAACUUGAAACGAAGAUUUUUCCUAAUAAUACGGACAAGAAGAGUCUUGAGACUUUUCGAAAGAUACUAGGCAAGCUUUCUAUGAUAAGCUUCGGGGAUUUCGAUGAUUUGCACUUCUUGAAGCAUCAUAAUGUGCGCAAUCUCUCGGCAGGCAUCAACAUAACUCAGGUAUUGCACGAGGUGAUGCCGGCCUGCAAUCAAUUACUGUCUACCUGCUGGUGGCGCAACGCCGAUCGUAAUUGUUGCGAGAUCUUCGAGGUGCAGAAGACCGAGUACGGCUUCUGUUAUUCGUUCAAUUCGGAAAUGGCGGUGACAUCCCCGGCGGAUCCCACGGAAUCGCGACCACGAAGAGCAUCUGGCUACGGCGAAUGGAGCGGCGUCAAGGUUACGAUUCAUCUGGGAAACAUAACGAAGCCGCCGGAUUCUGAGAAUAUUGGCGGUGUCGUAGUAAUAAUAAAUGACCCGCGUGUCUGGCCCAACAGUGGCAUUAUGAUACCGUCAGGUUCGCUGGUCAGCCUGUCCUUGGAAUGUGUUUCCGGAUACGCUACCCAGCGGGUUCUAGAGCUGGACCGCGAUAGGCAGCCCUGUCUGUACGACGAGACAGGCGUGUACAAUCAGGAGACCUGUCUGUCGCUUUGCAAACGCAAUUACGUCAUCAAGUAUUGCGGCUGCAAUCCAUCCUUCCUGUUCCCAGCAACCGCACGUUAUCGUGACUGCACCAUCGAGGAUUUUAUCUGCCUGCUCGAUUAUAAUGAUCUAUUCAACGAUUACAUCGUUUACUUCGGUGGCAAGAUCCCGCACAGCAUUACUAGCAUGAUUUGCAAAUGUUCGCCGGAAUGCGAUUACUAUAUGUACGGCACCCAGUUUUCUAAUGUGCCGCUACAUGAUAAUAUGAACGACAUUACACUGGACGUGCAUUACAUAGGGCAAACUAGUUUCCGCUACAAAACGGACAUAGUCAUCACACAAAUGGACCUCCUCGUAUCUUUCGGCGGCAUAAUCGGCUUAUUUCUGGGCGGCUCAUUGCUGAGCGCCGUCGAACUCGUCUAUUACCUGAUAGGGGCGCUGCUCUCGUUUCUGCCUUCGCGACGAAAGGCCGAGAGAGCAAAGAUGCGGCCGGAAACGACGCGGUCGAAGGCGACGAUUGCACGCAGCACAAUAGGAUCGGUGCUACCCAUUCUGGAUUACAGCCCUCUGAAACAACGGGCGAGGAGGAUUCCGAUUUUCGCGAAUUACGACCUCACGGAAUCGAAUUUGAACAGAUAUUAAAUUACAGAGGCUGAAGAUAACGCCCUCUCGUGAGUCUUUUGAUAUCGCGUAGAGGAGGGAGAGCCUCUCUAUUAUGGUCAAGCCACGUUGAGAAAUUUGAGAAGGUAAAAUAAGAGAGGUUCAUCUCCCAAAUCGAUAUUUGUACGUUAAAAUGCGAAUGCGUGCGAUUUCUGUUAUGCAAUUCUAUUCUCUUCUACAAAUCGAAGGACAAAAAUUUUACAAACUAGAUAUUCGCUAAACGCCGCGCCAAUCGGGAGUACUGUCUGCUAGAAUAAACGAGUCCCGUUUUCCAUGGACAUGUCGGUUAUUGUGUUUUACUCUCUGUCCCCAUAAAUCAGAAAGUAGCCGCGAUAUCGAUCAGAUUUGACAGGGAAAUCGAGAAUGCCUCGCACGCGAAAUCUGGUAUCUACCUCC